GUUGGUGAAAGAACGUAAACUCGUAAAAUGCAGUGGAGCUUAUCCGAAAACCGUUCCUUCCAACGCACUGUGGUGUACACAUCUGCGAUGUUUUUGUGAUAAAAUGUGGAAAAUUCGAAAAAAAUGUGCGAAUUAUUGUCGAUAAAACUGUGCGUUCAAAUUACAUGUGGACUUUCAGUGACGACUGCGAUGUGUAGGACUUAAAAAUGCGGCUAACCUGUUUAGAAAGGGUUUGAUGUGAUUUCCCGACCUUUUAAAAAAACUAUCACCAAAAUGGAGCAUUCCGAACUUAUCCAGGAAAUGCCCCACAUUGAGCAGAUGCCCACACAAGAACGACUAAUCUUAGCACGCAAAAGAAGAAACCAACAACUCAAGCUAUGGCUGCAAAAGGAGAAAGAGUUCAACAGGAAGACGCCCAAACAACAGAAAUCGAACAAAAGGAGUAUUUUUUUUAACGACAGUGUUGUGCUUCUGGAAGCGGCAGCGAGGAAUGACAUCGAUGAAGUCAGACGACUCCUCAUGAAGGGUGUGAGCCCAGAUUCGUGCAACGAAGACGGCUUGACAGCUUUGCACCAAUGCUGCAUUGACAACAACGAAGCCAUGCUCCUUCUCCUUCUGGAAUACAACGCCAACGUAAACGCCGAAGACAGCGAAAAAUGGACGCCGUUACAUGCCGCCGCGACGUGCGGUCAUUUAAAAUUAGUCAGAAUUCUCAUAUCUCGAGGCGCAAAUUUGCUCGCCGUCAACGCCGACGGAAAUAUGCCCUAUGAUAUUUGCGAAGACGAAGCAGCUUUAGAUUAUAUCGAGGGAGAAAUGGCCAAACGGGGAGUCACUCAACAGUUGAUAGACGACACGAGAGCAGCCACCGAAAAACAAAUGUUGGCCGAUUGCAGGAAAAUUGCUUCCAGUGGGGGAGAUCUGGAAGCGUACGACUCGCAAGGGGCCACACCGCUCCACAUCGCCGCCGCAAAUGGCUAUUUAACCGUCGUUGAAUUUUUAUUAGACCACAAUGUUCGGACAGAUGUUCGGGACAAGGACGAUUGGCAGCCGUCACACGCUGCUGCUUGUUGGGGCCACGUUGAAGUUUUGGAAAUGUUAGCACAAGCCGGAGCCGAUCUCAACGCCAAAAACAAACACGACGAGACUCCGGCGGACAUUUGCGAGGAUCCCGAAAUUAAGGAACGUAUAUUGGAGUUAAGGACUGAACAGGAGAUUAAGAGACAAGCGGAAGCCAAGAGGAAAGUCAGGCGAUCGCAGAGCAAUACACGAACGCAGUCCGUUCGGAGGACUUCACUGAGAGAUAAAGGACUUACGGCACGGAGGGAUGCUGUGGAGGAGGCCAGGCUUAGGCUGCAGGCCGAAAAUAAGGGUUUGGACACCUCGGAGCCCAGCCCCCCUAUCCAGCCCCCUGUCAACAAUAACAAGUCGCCCCCGUACAGUACAAACAACAACCCUGAGCCGGUGAAAGAGGACUCGACAGCUUUGCAAAUAAUCGAAAACCGGAAAGCUCCCGAAGGAAAAGACAACGAUUCAAUGCUGGAAAAUCAUGUGAUGGACACUAAAGAAAAUUCCUAUACGACUGACGUCAACGGAAAAGUGACUGUUCACGUGGUGGUCACUAUUAACGGUAACGGCACUUUGGCCGACUUGAAGAAACAGCGGAUGCAAAUUCGGAACAAUUCUUCAGAUGUUAACAGCAUUACAUCGCCAAUGGGAAGCAUCACAGAUGAGACUAGUCCCAGUCCUGUCACUGCAGAUAUCGUCCGAUUCACUGGAGAGACUGCCGAGGAAAACGUUGGCUAUGCCAAGUCCAAGAGGUGCUGUGUUGUCCAGUAGUAAAGUACUGACAGUAUUUUUUAAAGUUUACAUUCCAAACUUGUGAUAAGAGUCGUUUUGCCUAAGCGAAAGCAUGUACUUAAUUUAAUGUGAUUGGUGUUCGUAUUUUAGAGACGUUAUUACUACUACUUAAUAUUUUUUAAGACGGUUCUUAUUCUAUUUGUACUUCCUUUUUGUAUUCAACAAAAGACUCGUUUGUUGUACUGUCAAGUGCCUAUUUUACCAAGUUCACAAAUUUCAGUUUUUAAACGAGGCCUUAAUUUCGUUUAAAAUAAAAUAACACACGCUAAAUCAUGAUAUUGUUUUUUUGUUUAAUUUAAUUUAUAGCAAUAAUUAUGUAUGUAAAUAUGAUGAGUACUUCAACUGCAUAGCCGAAACUGGUGUACAUAACUUUUUAUUUGUUAUUUAUUCGUAGAUUAGUGUAUAAAUUAAUUUUUAUUUAAAACUACUAGUUGUUACAUUAUACAAAUUACAAACGUUAUAAUGAAUUUUGUAUCAAAAUUUUUCCUAGAAUAAAUUUUAUUUUGUUGUGCCGA